GUCCCAGGCCUCCGGCCUUCAGAGCAGGAUCCCAGUCCCAGCUGAAGGUGUGGGCUGGGGCGCAGGCAGCGGCCAGUGUCUGCGAUGGCAGAGGCUGAGGAGGCAGGGGCGGCAGUGGAGCUCAGCGGGCUGUCCCCUAACACCCCCGAUGAGUUGCUCAUGCUCUACUUCGAGAACCACCGACGCUCUGGGGGGGGACCUGUGCUGAGCUGGCAGAGACUUGGCCACGGGGGCGUACUCACUUUUCGGGAGCCUGCAGACGCAGCCAGCGUCUUGGCCCGGAAGGAGCACGUGCUGCCGGGCACGCACCUGAGUGUGCGGCCCGCCCCGCCGCGCACCCGCGCGCGCCUGCUGCUCCAGGGACUGCCCCCCGGCACUGCGCCCCAGCACCUGGAGCAGCACGUCCAGGCCCUGCUGCGUGCCGCGGGGCACCCGGAGCAGCCCUGCCGUGCCCUGGCCAGUCCCCGACCGGACAGGGCCCUGGUCCAGCUGCCCAAGGCCCUCUCCGAGGCAGAAGCCCGGGCGCUGGAGGAGCAGGCCCAGGCCCUGGGCCUGGGCGGGGCUGAGGUAUCCCUGGCGUGGGUGCCCCAGGCUCGAGCAGUGCGUGUGCUGGGCGGCGCCUCCCCUGUGGACACUCUGUUGCUGGAGCUGUACCUGGAGAAUGAGCGCCGAAGUGGCGGGGGCCCCCUGGAGGGCCUGCGCAGCCUGCCGGGGCAGCUGGGCACCGUGGUCACUUUCCGGCAGUGGCAGGUGGCUGAGCGGGUGCUGCAGCAGGACCACUGCCUACAGGGCUUGGAGCUGACCCUUGUCCCCCACUACAAUGUCCUGGAGCCCGAGGAGCUUGCGGAGGACACCGGAGGAGGGGACCCCUUGGCUGGCCUGGGGCCUGAGGCCACGGGGCAUGCCCUCCUGGAGCCUGGAGGGCCAGCGAGGGCACUGAGGGGUGUAGAGACUGUGGCCUUGGGCUCUGAGGAGGCACUCGGCCAGUCGGGAGCCCCUCGAAGGACAGACCCCAUAGGGCCCCGGGGGCGGGCCGGGCCAGUCAUCCUGGGGCCCGCGGGGGCUUCGGGGCUGGCGGGGCUGGAAAGCCCAGAGCCCGCGGGGGCUUCGGGGCAGGCGGGACUGGAAAGCCCAGAGCCCGCGGGGGAUUCGGGGCAGGAGGGACUGGAAAGCCCAGAGCCCGCGGGGUAUUCGGGGCAGGAGGGGCUGGAAAGCCCAGAGCCCGCGGGGUAUUCGGGGCAGGCGGGGCUGGAAAGCCCAGAGCCCGCGGGGUAUUCGGGGCAGGAGGGGCUGGAAAGCCCAGAGCCCGCGGGGUAUUCGGGCUCAGCGGAGGUCGCCAUGGGGUCCCUGGGGCAGGCGGGGGCGGGGCGCGCGGGGCACGCGGGCUCACCGGAGCAGGGGGGCCUGGUGGAGACGGUGCUGCCGAUGGAGCCGGGGGCCAUGCGCUUCAUACAGCUCUACCACGAGGACCUUCUGGCAGGCCUGGGGGAGGUUGCCCUCUUCCCACUCGAAGGAGCAGAUGCGGCUGGCUUUCGGCUCUGUGGGGCCCUGGCCCCGUGCCUGGCGGCCCAGGAGUUUCUGCAAAGUCUCCUGGGCAGCAUUAACUGUCAUGUGCUGAGCCUGAAGCACCCAGGCAGUGCCAGGUUCCUGCUGGGCCCAGAGGGGCAGCACCUUCUGCAGGAGCUGGAGGCUCAGUUCCAGUGUGUCUUUGGGACAGAGCGUCUGGACAUCGACUUUGCACAGGUGGACCUUCCUGAGGCCCUCCAGGCCCUCCCUGACCAGGCCCACUCUCUGUGGCUUCUGGACAGUACAGGCAGUGACCAGGAGAGCCGGAGACUGGAGGAGGUUCAAGAGCUGCUGGCCACCCUGGAGGGCCUGGCCGGGGAGGACAGACUGUCCCUGGCACCAGAGGAGGAGGAGCUGGAGCAGCAGCCAGAGAGGGAGCCUGCACCCGGGGCCGAGGAGGAGCUGCCAGCCCCCGGCACCGGGGCGCCUGGGCAGCUGGAGGAGGAGGCUGCGCUGCAGCUGGCUCUCCACCGGUCACUGGAGCCUCAAGGCCAGGUGGCCGAGCAGGAGGAGGCUGCCGCGCUGCGGCAAGCACUGGCCCUCUCCCUGCUGGAGCCAAACCCACUGGAGGCAGAAGAAGCCCUCCUGGGCGGGGGGGCGGGGGGCCAGGCCCAGCUGGUGGUACAUGCAGCCUUUGAGCAGGACAUGGAUGAGCUGGACCGGGCGCUAGGGGCCGCCUUGGAGGUGCACCUCCGAGAGGAGACAGUGGGGCUCCGGGGCCACACGCUGCCCUCAGAGCUGCGUGCCCGCCUAGAGCGGUGCCACGGUGUGAGCAUCGCCCUUCACAACGACCGCACCGUCCUCCGUGGCUUCGGGGUCCAGCCCACCUGUGCGGCCCACCACUUAGCAGCCCUGCUGGCUGGCCCCCGGGAUCCGAGUCUGGCCUUGGACGCUUCGAGCCCCACCCCGCCGCAGCAGAGGCUGCAGGGGCCCCUGGGCAGGCUGGAGGGUCUGGCCGAGAGCAGCCGGGAGUUCCAGGCAGUGGUGCAGGCCUUCUGCGACACACUGGACACUGCCCACGGGAGGAUCCGCAUCGUCCGGGUGGAACGCGUGUCGCAUCCGCUGCUGGAGCAGCAGUACGAGCUGCACCGAGAACGCCUGGAGCAGCGCUGCGCGCGGCGCCCGGUCGAGCACGUUCUGUACCACGGCACGUCGGCGCCCGCCGUCGCAGACAUCUGCGCGUACGGCUUCAAUCGCAGUUUCUGCGGCCGCAACGGCACACUCUACGGAAAGGGCGUGUACUUCGCUAAACGCGCCUCCCUGUCGGUGCAGAACCGCUACUCGCCCCCCAAUGCCGACGGCCACAAGGCAGUGUUCGUGGCGCGGGUGCUGACCGGCGACUACGGACUGGGACACCGCGAGCUGCGGGCGCCCCCUCUGCGGGCCCCGGGCCACGGGCUCCCGCGCUACGACAGCGCCGUGGACUGCCUCCGCCAGCCUAGCAUCUUCGUCAUUUUUCAUGACACCCAGGCGCUGCCCACCCACCUCAUCACGUGCGAGCAUAUGCCCCAGCCUUCCCCCGGGGACCCCUCUGGGUCUUUGGCCAACCCCGCGGCCACCUAACCCGAAGGGUUCCGCUCGGCCUGGUCUCGGGCCUCCUGCUCCCCGGGCCCCAGCUCCACCGCAGCCUUACAGAUCCCUCCGCCACAUCGGCUCCUGCCUCCUGCGGCGACGCGGGCACCGUCAGUGCGAAGAAGCUCGGGCGCGGUCCCCUCCGGGGCCGGCCCAACCACCAGGGGUCAGCAGAGCCCAGGAGGAGGGCGGACGGCCCGACCCCGCCCGCCGAGGCUGGACUUUGACCGAGCGCGGCUCUGUUAUUUGAAUAAACGAGAAACCGGGCGGAGGGACCA